GGGAGUUGGGACACGACGCGCCGGCGCUGGUGUUUGGCUUUGGCACCGCGGCGUGGUCGGGUUGGUCGGUGGCCGAGGAGCGGGCGCCGCGGCGCGGAGAGUGAGAGGGUCUUGGACAUAGGAGAGUGCGUAGAAAGGCGCAGGGCGGUGUGGUCGCUCCAUCUAUGGAGACGCACAGACUGAGACGGCAAAGUGUACCUACUCACCGAUGGCUCUUGCUUUUUGUUCCGAAUAGCUGCUGGUGAUACUUGCGGUUUCAGUUUUGGAUCACCGAUCGCACAAGAGAAAGGCGGCUAAACAAAGGAGUUCUCGCUGCUCUUCCGGGACACUAAGACGAUUAUCAUCAGGCAUCGCGCCAUCAAGGUCGCUGAGCCAGCCCACGUGAGCGGCGGUCACCGGAGGAAGCGAGGUUGACUCCGAGAGGAUCGUCAGAAUCAGGAUCAGUAUGGACACCUCGAUGGACACUGACUGCGCGGACGCCGACUCUGACGACUCUACUGACACAGUGGUGGCCUCGUGCGAGAUGCGCAGGAGGUGGAGGGAGCGCCGACAGGACCACGGCACCGAGGCCCGCAAGCUCGGCCGCAGAAUCAAACAGGAGAGGUUUGAUGCGGCAGAAAACCUGAGUGCCAGUCAGACCGAGGACGCCCCGGCGCCCCAGCCGGAGAUGUUCUCCAGAUCUGACCACGCGCCAGCAGACCCGCCAAACUGGUCAGAGACGUUUGCUAAGAGGCCAAUCAAGGUCGAGCCGUCGUUCGUUCCGCUCUAUAAGGUGAAGUUGGAACACUCGCGGACAAUGACUGAUGCUGCGGAUGAUGUGAGCUGGACACCUCCUGCCGGCGGCGGAGGCACAUGUGACACCCCGCCGUCGGCGCGACCAGAUCUGAACCACCCCAACAGUGUGAUGUCCGGCUCGGACUCGGAUUUUGACGAGCCUUUGAGUGAUGAUGGGUCAGAGUUGGAGGGAUUCAACGAUUUCUUGGAUGGGAUCACGAGAGAGCUGAACGAUGGAAUGUACUCAGACUUGCGAGAUGGAUCCUUUCCAAAACAGGAGCCAUCUGAUCAGUUCAGCGAGCCUGCUGAUCAUGCAAAGGUCAAGCGCGAAACUCGGUGUCCAAGCGCACAAAACCUGUCCGCUGAUGAAUCUCAUUCAGGUUUUGACGAACCCGAUGGACUAGAUCCGAGUCAUGAAGAUCAGGAUAAAGCGGCGGAUGAGGCAGUCGAUCCUCCCGCCGCCUCUGAUGUUGAUGAUGACGAGGUGGGCGAAUCAGACGAACACCGUGACGAUGUCGACCCUGCCGCAGACAACCUGGAGGAGCCCACCGCGGACACAGACGUCACCGAGAAGCCACUGCAGGACAGUGUCGCUGAACAGGAUGCUGCCCAACUUGAAACCGAUGAACCCUCGACGGAUGACCUGGCCGAAAGUAUGGACAGUUCCACAAGUGAUGUGGAAGAUCCACCUCAGGAAUCGGAAGCCAACAGAACAAUGGAAGAAGCUCCACUCGUCGAGACUUGGGAGCAUCCGGAUGGUAGUCAGACAGCCGAAGCGACGGAUCCCUGUCUGCCACGGGAGACGGAGCUGUCGAACAAGGAAACGCAAGAGUUUGAACCUCAGACUGUGCAAACUGACAACGAUGACACGACUUCUGAUGUUCCACAUGAAGCAUCUUACUCUCAGCCAACUACUUGCGGCACAGCUACACCCAGCAGUGACGAAAAAGAUGAAUCUCAGACUGUGGAGGAAAAAACGGUCGUCUUUCCAACGGUAGAUCAAGGUAUUCAGGUCGAUGACCUCAGUGAUGGGGAGAUACAAGAUUCACCUGAUGACUUGUCUCGAAUACCUGCUCGCGAACAGAUGUCUGAAAUGGUCGACAGAGACGUUCAGACUGAUCCACCGGAAACUUCAGUCGCGUCUUUGCAGACCACUAGUCCUCCGCCCUCUCAAUCUUCUAAAAAGGCAAGUGAGGCAGCCGCAGACAAAAAUGCAAAGCACAUAGACGAAUACUGUGAGAAAACGUUCUGGCUGCUAGAAACCUUCAGUGAUGGGCUUUCCAAAGAAGACGACUGCGACAAAACCCGCUCAGUGCUUGACGGUGCUAAACAAGUAAGGAACGGUUUGAACAAAAGACACGGUCUACCUCUUUCCGAGCAGUUAAAUCUGUGUACCACUGCUGUCCGAUCGAUGUUGAAUGCACUGCGAAAGCUCUCCACUCGUCCGCCCAGAAAGAAGCCACGAACUGACGGGAAAGUAGAGACCAAAGACAAGCCAACAGAGAUAGUGCCUCCGUUCACGACUUCCGGCGAUCGUCCUCGUGAACUCUCGGCCGGGUCUUCACGAACUGCCGUUCGCGAACAGGACUCCCUGCGAUGCACAUUCUCUGUACGCUGCUCGGGCACGGAGCCAAACACUGGUAGCACCGCGGAUGGGGUCGACGACGACCCAGCGGGACCAGCAGGCGAGGCGUCAUCAUCCGCAGGUGCACGAUUGAAGAGUGCGCCCAGUGGGCGCGCUGCCACUGGUGAUGAGGCCAGCGAUAUCUCUCUGUGGGCCACGACAUUUUUCCCCACCCACAAGAAGCGUAUCAUCCAAGAUGGCUAUGGUCGACCUUUCUUGGACAGACUGCGCGACUCGGCCGCGGUUAACUCCGUGUACUCCACGGCGUUCCAGCGACUUGCUGAGAAGUACCAGCUGGUCUUCAAAAACAGCGCGCGCCUACCGGACACAGUGCGAAAGCGGAUGCCGAGCUCUGACCAGUGGCAAGAGAUCUGCUCGAAACGUCUCAAGUGCGAGCUCUUCACUGGUUUUGGCAUCUACCUGGAGGAGGUAGCUGACUUGCAAGACGAGUUCCUGCCCUUGAACCCAUUUCGCAUCAACCUCCGUCCCCUUAAGGAUGGCCCAGCUGCCGGAUCUGAAGAGGGCACUCCAGUGGCGGACCCUAUGAAGCCGUCCCUCACACCAGGUGGGGUUAGACACUCGUCAGGUGGAGGUGGUUCAAGAGCUGCUGAACCUGCUGACGAAGUGGGUCAUGGACCAUCCAAAAGGGAUGGGCACAACCUCACGUCAAGUGCGAUUGCUUCUGAAAUGGGUGGCAACGCCUUUGGCGGAGUUGCAUCCGGAGACGGUUCAGCUGCUGCGAAAGUCAGACAGGGCUCCGGAGGAGCUCAGGUGUCUUCUGGGACAGCUGGGAAACCCGUGCACGUCUCAGAUCGAGUCAAGCACCCGUCUGGCGAGGUCGCUGAGAGAACCAGAAACCUGUCUGGCGGGGCUCCUGAGAGAACCAGGCAACUGUCUGGUGGGGCCGCUGAGAGAUCCAGGCAGCUGUCUGGUGGGGCCGCUGAGAGAUCCAGGCAACUGUCUGGUGGGGCCGCUGAGAGAUCCAGGCAACUGUCUGGCGGGGCUCCUGAGAGAACCAGGCAGCUGUCUGGCGGGACUCCCUCUGAGAGGUCCAGGCAGCCCUCUGGUGACACUUCCGUGGCGGUUGAGCAGUCGUCGGGUGGAGGCCCUUCUGAUCCAGCGACACGUUCAUCGGGAGGGAUCUCUUUCAAAAUCCGCCGCUCGUCUGGCAGCAUUAGGCACUCAUCAGGCGGAAGUGGGAGCACAUCUGGCCGAAUUACGCCGAACUCCCGGACUGGGAACGUGUGGGAGAUGGAGUGCGAAAACUUCUUGGAUAAAAUACGGCCUCCUGGCGAAAGUCCUUCGAAAGCGCCAGAAGUACAGGACGCUCCGUUACCGGUGACCCCUGAGAAAGCCGAGGAACAGAAUCUUCCUCCAUCAACGCCUCAGAAUCCCACAACCUCGAACCCUUCACGCAGCAGAGAGAGAACAGUUCCCCUUCGAAACCAAAGUUUCCGCUGCCUGAUACCCAUUUUCCGUACAAAUCUGAAUUCGUCCUCGGCAUCCUCCAGUUCAAAAGUGUCCGCAUCAGCUGCCAACGUAUCCGCACCAGCUGCGAACGUGUCUGCCUCAGGUGUGAGGGUGUCCGCGUCUGAGGGAAACUUGUCCGCGUCAGAGGCGGGCGGGUCUGCGUCGGGCGCUGACGUGUCCGCCUCAGAUGCGAACGUGCCCGCAUCAGAUGCGAACGCGAUGCCAUCCGGUGCGAGCACACCCCUCCAGGACGAGUUUGACAAUGUCUCGCUGUUGUCGGAGGGAGAGAUUCACGAUUGGUCACCAUCACCUCAGAAAGGCGGCAUGCCGGCGGCUGAACGGCCUUCGGUCUCGCCUGCUCGCACCGGUAGCUGUGACGUGCGGGACACGGACGCCAGACACUCGGCCCGAAGAAUCCUCCGGGAUGGACUUAACCUGCUGGAUCGACAGACGAUGGCACCUGCGACAGCAUCGGUGAAGCGACCACGCCAAGCUUCGGGCGAGGGAGACAGCGAAGCCAGGAAGAGAAGCAGAGUGCGGUCUGUUGUUAAGAGAAGGGAAAGCUCGGAUGAGCUGGUUUGCGAGGAGCACGGUGUCGUCCACGAGCAUCCCUGGACAACAUUCUUACACAUAGCUACCCGGAUAAGCGAGGCAUCGUACGUCAGUUGUCCUCUAUGUGACUACAUCUACCGAAAGACGUCGAUUCUCGAGCACGCGAAAUCGGUGCAUCGCAUCAGCAAACCAGGCGGGACGGAGCGCGACCGCUCCUCGAGGUCCAGCACUCCUGACAGUUCGUCCGUGCCUUCUCGUCGGAACACAAGCGGCCGACGACGCUCUCUCUCCGAUGACGACAGCCCCCGUCGAUCGCGAGCCUCGAAACGGUCUCGCCUCCACUCGCCGGACGAUCGGUCACACCGGCGCGUCGGGCACCACUCCCCGCGGGAGCGGCAUGCUCGGUCUACCGACCGCUCUCCCGAGGAGGGCUGGCACCGCCGGGUCAGCAGGCGCUCCUCCUCUCCGGAGAGGGACCGGUCGCCGGAGAGACCUGCGCGGCACCGUGCCAUGUCAGAGGAGAGCGUCUUCGGGCCGGCGCCGAGAAGGCAGCGACACCGCUCGGCGUCGGUCGAGAGCACCCGCUUUCCGGAGAGGAGCUCUCGCUAUGGCGAACGUGUGUCUCCGAGGGGCUGGCUCUUUGACGGCCCUCCAUCACCGAGGAGAGGAACACCAUCUUACACGACGCGGUCUCGUCACUCACAUGAAUGGUCGAAAAGGAGGCAUCAUGAGUCAUCACCAACGGAAAGACGUGCUGAAGGGUCUCUUGAUGACGAUGGAUACGCUUCCCGGCACUGGAAAAGAAACGACUUUCGGAGGCGCAAGUCAAGAGAAGAUGGCCGCGACUGCUCUUCGCCGGACGUUCGUCGUGGUGCUGAGGGUUUAAGGAGACCGAGAUCCAGAGAUGAGAGUCAUCGCACCUCUUCGCCGGACAGGGACCUGCGCACUUGUCGUGGUGGUGAGGAUUCUCGCCAUGGUGGUGAUGAUUUAAGGAGACCAUGUAGAGAUGAGAGUCAUCGCAGAUCAUCACCGGACAGGGACCUUCGUGCUCGACGUGGUGGUGAGAAUUUAAGGAGACCGAGAUCUAGGGAUGAGAGUCAUCGCAGUUCUUCACCUAUCAGGGACUUACGAGCUCGCCUUGGUGGUGGAAACUUAAGACGACGGAGAUCGAGAGAUGACAAUCACCGAGGCUCUUCGCCCACCAGGAACCCACGAAUUCGCCGAGGUGCUGGUGACGGCUCAAGGAAUCGCUCUAGAAGUCCCGUAGGUCGACCUUCCGGAGCCGAACGUAGAAGACAACGAGACAUCGCGCGUGUAGAAAUGAAACAUCUUACUGAUAAGUUGGACUCUCUUCAGGUUGAUGAGCAGGUGAAAAAGCAUGGGCCGCAGAUCAGUAACGUGACCUCAGAUGAGCGGACUUCCGGCGGACGGAAAAUGUUUCAAAACCUGUUUAUGUCAACGGCGGCUAAAUUAAGAUCGCAUCUGGCAGAUAUCGAAUCAGAUUCUGCCAAGUCCGAUGGCAAGUCUGAAGAGAAUAGCACACCUAGCAGCAAGCCUCAGUGCCAGACUCCGUUGCAAAAAGACUCACUGCCAGGGCAGUCGAGCAAAGAUACAAACACGGAGGGAAACAUUACCAACCCUGCUAAAGAGAGCCCACCCACAGAAGGCGAGGAGCAAGAUUCGUGUUCAAUGAAGUCGCAGUCCUCCAAAGUCCCGCCAUCAGACGUUGUGCAGCCCCCUGUGACUGCUGCAACUUCUCUUCAGAAAACCAGUACACCUAAGAUACGGCUGCCGAAGGGAUUCAGCAAAGAUGAAUUGCGAAUGAUCUUGGCCACUAUCAAUGCUGCAAACGAUACCAAAAAGUCACAGACAUCCACAGACACGGCCAACCACGAAAGUGAGCCGCCUGCACCCAAACCGGCGAGUAGUUUUGAUGACACCAAUCGCAGCUCCGUCAGCAAUGACAAGCCGCAUCCUGAUGAGGAGCAGCUGGCAUGUUCAAAGAAAGGUACAAGUGCGCAGGGGAGUACUGCCAACCCUGCUAGAGCAAGCACAUUCACAGGAGACGAGGUGCAGGGUUCGCGUUCAGUGACGAUGCAGUCGGCCAAAGCUCCGCCAUCGGACGUUGAGCAGCUCCAUGUAACUUCAAAGACGCCUGACCAGAACAACUCAGUGCCCAGUCACCAAGACAACAACACUAGCUCAAAAGUGGCAGAAAGCUCGAAAGCUGAGUCUACGCCAAAUAUUCACACCGGGCAAGCUGUCGAGGCUGAGAUGGCUAUUUCUGAAUGUCCAGAACCGCUACACAAGAAAUGUUCAACUGUUCCCUCUGUGCCAAAAGUCACCGUCUCGGUUGCAGGUAACUCUAGUUCGCAAGAGGUGGAAACAACAAAGGCACAUGACCAAUCCAGCAAAGCUGGGGCGCAAUCUGAAAGCCAUGGUCCGAAGUCUGGGAAGUCCGUUACUGUUCCUACCGGUAAGGAAAAUGCCUCGAAACCCGGAGAGCCCUGCCCUAAUCCUACCGGUAAGGGUACUGCGAAACCCGGAGAGUCCUGUCCUAAUCCUACUGGUAAGGUCAUCGCUACGAAACCCGGAGAGUCCUGCCCUAAUCCUAUCGGUAAGGCCACUACUGCGAAACCCGGAGAGUCCUUUCCUAACUCUACCGGUAAGGUCACUACUACGAAACCCGGAGAGUCCUGUCCUAAUCCUUCUGGUAAGGUCACCGCUACGAAACCCGCAGAGUCCUGCCCUAAUCCUAUCGGUAAGGCCACUACUACGAAACCCGCAGAGUCCUGCCCUAACCCUACCGGUAAGGUCACUGCUAUGAACCCCGGAGAGUCCAACCCCAAACCUACCGGUAAGGCCAAUGCUGCGAAACCCGGAGAGUCUUGCUCCAGUCCUGCCGGUGAGGCCAAUUCCUCGAAACCCGGAGAGUCCUGUCCUGAUACUAUCGGCAAGGGCGCUGCUACGAAACCCGGAGAGUCCUGCCCCAAUCCUAUUGGUAAAGCCACUGCUACGAAACCUAGGGGGCCCAACCUUCAUCCUAUCGGUACGGCCACUGGUAAGAAACACGGAGAGUCCAACCCUAAUCCUACUGUUGAGACCACCGCUACGAGACCCGGAGAGUCCUGCCAUAAUCCUGCCGUUAAGACCGAUGCCACGAAACCCGGAGAGGUCUGCCCUAAUCCUACUGGUAAGGCCACCGCUACCAAACCCGAGGAGUCCUGUCCUAAUCCUUUCGAUCAGGGCACUACUAUGAAACCCGGGGAGUUCUGCCCUACUCCUACUGAUGAGGUCACCGCUACGAAACCCGGAGAAUCCGGCCCUAAUCCUAUCGCUAAGGGCACUGCUACGAAACCCGGAGAGUCAUGCCCUAAUCCUAUCGGUAAGGGCACUACUACGAAAACUGGAGGGCCCAACCCGAAUCCUACCGGUAAGGGCGCUGCUACGAAACCUGGAGGGUCCUGUCCUAAUCCUAGCGGUAAGACCACCGCUACGAAACCUGGAGAGUCCUGCCCUAAACCUACUGAAAAGGUCACCGCUACGAAACCCGAAGAGUCCUGCCCUAAUACUAAUGAUGAGGCCACCGCUGCGAAACCUGUGGAGUCCAACUCUAAUCCAAGCGGUACGGCCACUGGCAAGAAACUCGGAGAGUCCUGCCCUAAUCCUACCGUUAAGACCAAUGUUACGAAACCCGGAGAAUCCUGCCCUAAUCCAAUCGGUAAGGCCACUGCUACGAAACCCGGAGAGACCUGCCCUAAUCCUACUGGUAAGGGCACUACUACGAAACCCAGAGAGUCCUGCCCAAGUCCUGCCGGUGAGGCCAAUGCCUCGAAACCCGGAGAGUCCUGCCCUAAUCCUACCGGUAAGGGUGCUGUUACGAAACCCGAAGUUUCCUGCCCAAAUCCUACUGGUAAGGGCUCUACUACGAAACCCGGAGAGUCUUGCCCUAAUCCUAGCGGUAAGGCCACCGCCACGAAACCCGUAGAGUCCUGUCCUAAUCGUAUCGGUAAGGCCACUGCUAUGAAACCUGGGGGGUCCAACCAUAAUCCUAUCAGUACGGCCACUGGUAAGAAACUUGGAGAGUCCUGCCCUAACCCUAACGUUAAGGCCAAUGUUACGAAACCCGUAGAGCCUUGCCCUAAUCCUACCGGUAAGGGCAGUGACAGGGGCCCAAGACCCAGCGGAUCCAGCUCGGAUCCCAUUGUUCUGGACAGUGACUCGAAACCCAGCGGGACUGCCUGCAAGCCUACAGCAAAGAACGGAAACACUAACUCGAAGCCUGGAGGGUCCAAGCCGUCACCCCAGAAGGCUAAACUACCACCCCUCAAGUGCUCCAUGUGUCGCGCCAGAUUUCCUACCGUGGAGGUAAUGCGAGAGCACCAGAGGCGCUCUUGCCGCGGGCGUUUCGGCGAGGGGCCCGUGAUUAAUCGGCCGUGGUGCGCCAGCUGCCAGAUGCCGAUUAAGGUGGGGUGCGUGGGGCGCCACAUGUCCCGAUGUCGGGUCCAGUGUGCCGCGUGCGGCCAGAUCGGCAUGCACGCUUGCCGGUUCGCGAACGAUAUGCCGCCGGCCACGCGGCCGCCGCGCGCUCAGACGCAUCCUCUGGGCGCACAGCCGCGGCCCCAAGGCGCACAGCCGCGGCCCCGGGCGCCCUCUGCUGGUGCCAGCUGGUGCCCGCGGUGCGGCCAGUGGGGACACGUCUGCGGUCAGGGGCCCUGGCAGAGGGGCUUCUAGUGUGUGUGUCAUGUUCCGGCUUCCGCUCAUUGUGAAGCUGCCCGGUGAGAGGCGGAGAGGAACAGGCCGGGGUUCCCGUUGCUGUAAGGUCCUAUUGCAGGCUGUGCACCUUGGAGCUUAGUUGUAGAUAAAUCAGGGUUAGCGAUAGCUGUGACAUGUGACAAUGAUGCCUAGGAUGACGCUUAGGUAUGUGCGUUGACGAUCAAGUACCUAGGUGGGUCAAUGUUUGUACGUGCUGCAUGUGCAAUGUUGUUUUUGUUUCCCGUGGAGCGUUCACUUGCCUGAGCUUGCCACUUUGUCAGGACAAUAUCGUUUUGUGUGCUGAGCAUGUUUGUACUUACCUGCGCUGUGCCGUUUUGAACCUACCGUGGUGGCAAUUGUGUGGAUAAGGAGACCGUGUUUACUGACAAUACUGUCGAAAUGAUGUGCAGAAAUUGCUCAUUGAUUUGUGCUCUGUCCAGUUUCUAUGGAGGAUGAGAUCAUGCGUGAUGUCGCUCAUAUCUGAUCGUGGAAUCGUGUGCUUCCAAAACAUGUGCGCUCCACACCUGAUAAAUGAACUUUGAAAUGUGCCCACGGAGAUAUUAGUGAGCGACUUCUUCACAUUGUGUAUCGCAUUUUUAGUUUUUGAAAUAAAAGAAGGGGCUGAAA